ACAAAAUUAUCAUGAAAAGAAAGAAACAAAAAAACAGAUAAUGAAGAGUGAAGAAUACAGUAUCGGAAAUCAGAGAUGAGAGUGCAACCAGAGAGAGAGAACCACCACCAGUAGUAGCAACGCAAUGUCAUCAACAACCAGCGCAACACCGCGAAGACCAAUCCAAAUCAGCAUACCACCAUCCUCCUCCUCCUCCUCCUCCUCCACUUCCGCCAUGUUCCAACGGAUCCGCCCCUCCCUCGUCACUUCAUUCCUUCAAAGACCUCACUCUCUCCCUUUCGUCCUCUCCAUCUUCCUCUUCCUCGCUUGGAUCUCUCUCCGCUCAUAUCGCUCUUCUCAUCCACUCCCUCUCUCUUCCCCAAACAACGACGUUAAAGCUAAUCUUCGCAGAUUCACUUCCCGCUUUCCUUCUCCUAUCGCCAAGGAUAAUCGUGGUUGGAUUCUUGAUCCUAUUGCUCUCGCACUUUCUUCCAUCAUUUCAGGUGGAGCUGUUACUUGUGCUUCUCUUCAUCUCGGUGAAAUUCGACCUGGGAAGUUGAGAGGAAAUCAUAGACAUCAUGAUUGUAAUGAGACUUUUGUUCUUUGGGGCGCUGCUAUCAAGUUUAGGGUGGAAAACAGCGAGGUAACUGAUAUUGGUUAUGCUGAGGUGAUCAUCGACAGAGAUGAGGUUGUUGUUGCUGCUAGCCCUGCUCAUACUGCACAUGCUUUAGUGAACAUAGAUCCGGUUCGGAGUGCUUACUUUAUAGGAUGCCAAGAUAGUGUCAUAAACUAUAAUGCCUCAAGUACGGACUUUAAUGUUUGGAAAGAUCUUUAAGUUGUUCUCUUUAUAGCUUUCCCCAUCACAUUCCUCUCGAUGAAAUCUAAGAUGUUUCUAAGUCUUAUUUUUAUUAUGAUUUUGUUGGCACACAGAUUGAGAAAGUUUUACCUUUUAGAUGUCUAUAUAAUAAUGUACAGAGCUUAGUUGCAAACUCAGAGAGUAUGGGCAUUUUAUAGGGUACAAAAAAGAAAGACGGAAUGAAAGGAGAUACAGCUUAUGCCUUAGUCUAUUAAAGGAAAGGAAAAAAUUAUUCACAGUUCCUGAACUUUGUACUGAUUGUAAAGAGGCAACAUGAUUUUUUUUAAAGUUAUCCUUGUUAACUCUGAAAUUGUGUUACUGUGUUGUCUAUAUAUGUGAUUUGGAUUUAGGAUUUAUUUA